AUGGCUUCUCCGGGUGCGAGCGCCAUACGAGAUAAACUACGAAAACAGCGGCGGACCUUGCAAGAAACAUUCGUCAAACUCAAACAUGAGGGCGACGACGAACAGGCUCUGGUGCCGUCCUCCGGGCUGAGUGAAGAGUCGCAGCACUCGACAAUGAAUGAAACACAAAGUAGCGAGGAUGAUCCUGGAGAAACCUUGAAGAGAACCUUGAGGGCGCAGAGACAGAUGAGAAGGAAAAAGCUGUUGGAGAAGCUGUCCGCCCAGAAUUCCCCCGUUGAGGACAUUGAGGAAAUACCCAGUGUUCCUCUCCACAGUGAAGAUGAAGGCACGGGAAAGAUAUCGAAGGUCCCUUCACUUACAAGCCUGGCAUCCAAAGCCCCAAAGAGUCGCGCCUCCCAACAGUCGGACCGCUUUGUCACGCGCCGCUUGGAGGAGAAGCUGAAAGCAGCCAGGUCACAAGGCGAGAGUCUCCGGCUCCAGGAGGCGUCUGUGGUCGCUGCCGGGCGCCGUCGGGACAGACCGAAGGUCACGAGGUCCGACAGAGAGGUGGAUUCAGACGCCGAUUCCUCUCAGUUCCUGCCUCAGGCCGCUAGUACCAGAGUGAAGUUUCGGGGACCAACCGAGCCAGUGGAAAGGAAUCGCGUGACCGCAGAUGAAGCUUACAACUUCUUCACGAUUAACUUCGAGGUGCAACCGGAGGAAAAGACGAGCAAGAAAAGUCGAAAGUCGAGCAAGGAGCGCAAACGAGAAGAAGCCCAAGUGCAGGAGGAGGAGGACGAGGAACGCAGCCAGGACCCAAGCCAAGACCACGACGAAGACGAACCUCUCGUGCAAGACGAGGACGGCAACGUCUUCGUCCUGGAGCAAACGUCCAAAGACUUCCUGGAAGUGAAGAGCGCCGAGUACAUCGGUCUACGGGCAUUUGCCGUGCGCCACCGCCCGCUCAUCUUCACGCCGAGUUCUCGGACGGUGCCGACCUCAGCGAAAUUACCGGAGAACAUGACGCCUCGCUACCUGGAGGAUGAGGGGCUCUACGUAGGCGAACGGCUGACCGUGUCGCCCUCCAAUGAGAACAUUUUGGAGAACCGCAUUUUGAGAAUGGAAGAGGGAGCCAAAUGGUUCGGAGAUGACGGCAGGAUCAUCUCUCUGCCGGACCCCAUCAAGGAAUCGUCUAGCAGACCGCCGCUCUUCCAUAUGGAGGACGAUCUGGACCCAGCCCUGCAAACGUUCUACAUGAAGCCACUCCAGUCCAAGCAUACAAAUCUGUCCAUCUGUGCUGCGGAUGCUGUCCUAGGCGACUACCAGCUAGAUGUGGACGUGUCGGGCCUUAUUUUCUCCCAUCACCCACUCUUCAGCCGCGAACACGUGCUGGCGUCACGUCUGGCCCAGCUGUACGACCAGUACCUCAACCGGCAACGUAACAACCUCACGGAGCACCUCACCGACAAGUUGAACGGGCUGAGAAACACCAUGAGGAACAUGCUGGAGAUCCACAGCGAGCAGAACCUCUCUCAAGCCUUGCAGCAGAGGAUCGUGGAGUACAGCAUGGAGGUCAAGAACACGCGGGAACUGCGGGACGGUGAGCAGGAGAAGGAUAGGACGCUGUUGAAGAGCUUGGUCAAAGUCUGGAAGGAGCUGAAGGCCUUAAGAGAACAUCAGAGGUUCAUCAACACGCCUUACAAGCUCUUCUUAAGACGGGAGACUGUGGACCGCGAGUCGGACGAACGCGAGUACGAGAAAGACAUUUUGUCCGAGGUGUGGGAGCUGGAGGCCGAGGCCGAGGUGGACUACCAGACCAAGCUGAGCGAAUACAAGAAACAGCUGGACGAGUGGAAGGCUUGGAGGAAGAAACAGAAAUCCAAGAAGAAGAAACGAAAGAAGAAAGCGCAGGACGAAACGGAAGAAGACGACCAGGAAGCCAGUGAACCCGAAGGACCACCUGACGAAGGCCCGUCCAAGCCGGACACCCCGGAAAAGCUGGAGUUGGACACCAUCGUGAAGCAGGUCCGCGAGAAAGCGGCCAGGAUUCGCAGAAAGCCGGGCGAGGCCAUCUUGAUCCCGGAGCUGACCGCUUCUGGAAACGUCUCGGAGGGAGAGCUCUGCCCCAGGGGCGAAGUGGCUCGCCGGCAUGAAGUUGCGAGACGAUUCAUCUUUGUCAAGAUUUUGUACAACGACAAAGAAGUCUCGCAGACCAACAGUUUCCCGCUCAACCCCGAUUUCCGAGUGCACUUUGGACAGAUUUUCAAUCUGAGGAUCGUCAACUGUCCCCGAAGCAUUACCUUACAGGUGUUUGAAGACCUGGGCUCAUUGUAUACCAUGCUAGCAGAGGUCUACGUGCCCGUGCCGCCUUCGUCGGUGCUGGCGGGCAACUCCUCCAUAGAGGAGUUUGAGUUCAGCAGCAACCAGAGAGAGAUGUUUGACCACGAAGGCGUCGGAAGCGGCGUUCCGCUUUCGUUCACGGGCGACGCCAGCGACAAUGUGAUCCUGUUGACGUCCGGGAAGCUCUCGUGCUGCGUUUCGUGGGGCGUCGGCGAGGACAAUGUGCCGCUCGCGCCUCCCCUGUCACAGCAUCCUGGCGCUCAUCACGGCGGCCAGUAUGACGCCGUCUCCCCUCUCGCUCCAUCUGGCAAUGUGAAAAAAAUUGGCGAGUGGGCCAUGCAGUCUCGACUGGACCCCAACGAUCCCGUAAAUGCCUCAGUCAUGCAGAUGCUCAAAGUGGCUAGCAGCGGUCAGGUGUCGGCGCCGGACUUCUUCCGUCUGGAGCAGCUUCAGGAGGAGUUCAACUUCGCCAGCGACGAAGAGCUGGCACGCUCGCGGCGCUUCCGCCUCCUAGCGUUGAGGAGCCAGGAGGUGCCUGAGUUUCGCAAUUACAAAUAUGUACCGUCUCGUGAGAGGGAGGUCUCUGAGAAAGUUUUUCAGGGUUAUGAGAAGAGGCUGAAGGAAGGCGAGAUGAUCGACACCAAAGAACAUCUGGACUUCCACCGAGCCUUGGUGGCCAAGUACCUCCAAAAGAUACGUGAAGCCGUCAUUCACAGGUUCCUCCUGGCCAGCCAUCACUUCCUACUGUCCGACAUGGUCAUCGAGGAGGAGAUGCCAUGUUUUGGCGGAGCACGUUUACGAAGAGUGCCAGAUCGCCACCUUCGAGAUAGCACUGAGUUUUUAGAGAUGAGGAGUCCAAAGCUGUUAAAAAUGACUGGCAGGGCAGAGAUGCUCAAAAUCCUGGGUUUAAACCUCUUCCACCUGGCGGAGCCCAAACGUCCUCUGAGGCCUCAGAGGAAGGAGAGGAAGAAAGUGACAGCUCAGAACCUGUCGGACGGCGACAUCAAACUACUGGUCAACAUUUUGCGGGCGUACGAUAUUCCCGUGCGCCGCUCGCAGGGCGGUAAAGCGGGACCGUCGCCUCAAGGCGCCAUCCAGGGCAGCGAUUGGCUGGUCAACCAUGUCCAAGUGCGGCCUUUCGUGGAGGUCUCCUUCCAGCGGAACGUCUUCCAGACCACCACCGCCGACGGGCCCAACCCCUGCUGGAACGAGGAGCUGCAGCUGCCUUUUCGCGCACCCAACGAUGACUACAGCGUGGCCAGCUUGCAGUCGGUCAAAGACGAAGUCUUCAUCAACAUAUUUGACGAGGUGGUGCGCGAAAUGGGAGCGGUGACGCUGAUGACUUGUAUGCAGAGAGAGAACGGCGAAUCGCCGCAGACUCGGGUGGAGAAGCACUGGCUGGGUUCCGUCAAGAUUCCUUUCAGCACCAUCUACUCGCAGUCUAGGAUUGAGGGUACGUUCAAGGUGAAGACGCCGGCCGUACUGCUGGGCUACAGCAAGGAGCGUAGCCAGCCCAACGCCGGCGUCUACGAGAGCGUGCACAGCCUCUGCCAGGGAGCCUUCAUCACACUUUUCAUCACCAUCGAGCCACUGCUGCAGCCCGGCGAGUCCAUCAGGGAGAAGAUUAAAGAACUCAAGUUCGACAGCCAAGAGGACGAGCGUCUCCUGCAGGCGGCCGAGCGUUUCGAGCGAGCGGCGGCCGAAGGGUUCCCUGGCCGCCCGUGCGCCACCACCGCAGUCGACCUCAACGGCAAGACCGUCUUCAUCACCCGCUACAUUCGCCCGCUCAACCCGCCGCCGGAAAUCAUGUCCGACCAACCCCAAGAGGACGCGAUUCAAGUGGCACGAUUCGUGUCGCUCAUUCCGUCGCUACCUGACAAAGUUUCUUUUUCUGGCAUCUGCGACCUAUGGAGCACAUGUGAUCAAUUCCUGAUGUUGCUGGCAGGAGAUGAAGAGGAACACGCCGUGUUGUUGUGCAACUACUUCCUAUUCCUGGGCAAGAAGGCGUGGCUGAUUAUCGGCACUGCCGUACCAGAGGGAUUGAGCGCGUACGUGCUGACGUUGGAGCAAGGCCGCUACCUGAUCUGGAACCCCAGCAGCGGACAAUACUACGGCCAGUACGACACCUUCUGCCCCCUGCAGGCGGUCGGGUGCCUGGUCAACGCUGACAAUGUGUGGUUGAACAUUCAAGAGCACGUGUCCCCAAUGAGGAUUAGCUUUGACGUGAGCAGAGGUGUCGGUUGGCGCCCCUUUUUCAACCGAUUUUUCACGCACCCGGGGCUCUCCAGCGUGCAGCCAGAAGAGCUGGUGUACCGGGGCUCGGACAAAACCGCCGCCGUGGAACUUCAAGAGAGGAUGGAGAAGCUGCUCCGCGACAAAGUCAUGGAAUGGCGCCCCCAGCGGCCCACUCGUUGGAAUCGUUACUGCAGCAGCGCCCUGAAGCAUUUCCUGCCCAGUCUGGAGCAGUGCGCCGUGGCGCUCGGGAGCGGCGCCCACGACCUCGCCGAGGGCCACCGACACGAGUUGGAGAACUUGCUCGGCGACAACCGGAUAUCAGGGUUCCCGCUACACAUGGCCUUCUCGGAAAUGGGCCCCAUAGUGGAGGCGGUGCACAGCACGGGGGUGCACACCAUCCAGACGUCCAACGUGGAGUUCGCCCUGGCCGUCUACGUGCACCCGUACCCCAAUAACGUGCUGUCCGUCUGGGUCUACCUCGCCUCUCUCGUGCGCUCCUGA